UAGCGCGAAUACUUUCUACAAACAAUAUUAAUAUUACUAAUGGGUACAUCAAUAAUUCAUAUUUAUAUCCCAUUACUCCUUUUAAAACAUUUUAUUGAGUUAUAUGUGGUGAAUUUAUUAUAAAGUUAUAGUGAAAUGGCGGAUGCUGUUCCCGUUCGCGAUGUUUUGUGCGAAGCAAUGGAAUAUUUGUCAAAGCUCGGAUCUAAUUUACGAGUCCGUUCGGAAAAUCUAAAAGAAAAAAGAUUAAGAAAAGAAAAACUUAAAAACGUACAUGCCGUACAAAAAGCCGCGAGUAAAGUCCUUUUGAUUUGUGAAUUGUCAAAAAAGUCUAUUGAGAAUGUCGAGACUGGUGUAAAAAAUAUAUUGACUCAAAUAUAUGAAUCGCAAGCUCCAAUAGAAUUUGGCGGGAAUAACGUUGAAAAGUCGUUUUCUUCAAAAAGUUAUGAAAAUUAUGAAUAUUUUCAAUACGAAUCUCGUAAAUUAAAAAUACGCGAUAAAGUCAAUGUAAAACAUUUUACAUCAGUUAAAGUACUGGCUAAACCUAUGUCCACAUUAUUACAAGAUAAGUAUCCGGUAUUUCACGACUGUAAAUUGUACCGCAUAAGAAGAAAAUCACAAAAUAACAACAAGGAACUAGACUUAGAUGAUUCAAGCAAUGUUAAUCGUACCGAAAGUUCCACAGGAAUUGAAAAUAGCUCAAAACAAUUGGAUUUACAUGUGAGAAAAUCACAUGAGGAACAUGAGACCUUAAAUAGUAGUCUUAACCAUAGUUUAAAAAAUAGCAAAAUAAAAGAAUUUUCUGAAGAAAAUAUGGACACAACAACUAAUAACUUGAAUGCAGAAGCUUUAAGUAAAGUAAUAAAAGAAAAGUCUAAUAAAAGGCGCUGUGAUAAUGAUAUCAAAAAUAAAACUGAAAGGCGUAGAAUAUACAAAAAUAUUAAAAUGUUUGAAAGCUCAGAUAGUGAUAAUGAUUUAAAUAAUGAACAAAAAAUUACUUCAGAACACAAUUUCAGUGAGUCUAUCAAUGUAUCCAAUAAAAGUGAUAAUGAUGAAUCUAUUAAUAACAAGGCAGACAAUGAAAACUCAUUCAACGCACAGAGCAACUUAAGUCCGAUUAUCAUUGCAAAAGAAAGUUAUGAAGGUAAUAUUCCAAUUGAUGCUGAAGAUUCUACAUUAAAUGAUGACAAGGGAUCAGAUAAAAUUAGGGAGCAAGAUAAUACAUUUCAAACCACGGAUUUAAAUGAUUCUGACAUUGUAAUGCAAGAUAUAAUUGAUUCCUCAAUUAUGCUAAGCUACGCUAAUGAUUCAGAUAAAGAAAGCAGAACAGCAACCACUGUCACAUCAAAACCAUCAAUAAAUACAGAAAAAAAAAAUGAUAAUUCUGAUGUUACCAUUAGUAUUCCUCCUGUGGAGACAGCUAACAUUGAAGAACAUUCCAAUCAAAAUGAUGAAGAAGCUAACAGUCGAACAUCUUGUGCUAUUACUAAACCUACUUUAGAGAGUGAAAAUAGUCAAGGUUCAUCCACAGAUUCAAAAGCUUUCAUCAAAUGUGUUAAUAUAAAUAAAUUAUUAAGAGCGGAUAAAAUACCAAAGAAAAAUGAAUCAUUAAUUGAAAUACUUGAUAGUGAUAGUGACAAAGAAAAAAAAUCUGACACCAAACAGAAUAAGCGAUUUCAAAAAGAUAAAUUUGACAAAAAUAAGCCAAGAUCUAUGAGAAAACUCAAACAAAAAGCUGUUGGUACUGAAAAGUAUUCGUAUGAAAAUAACAAAGAUGAUGAGGAUUACUGGAAACAAAAAAGAAAAGAAGUAAAUGAAUUUAAACCUAAAGACUUUAUAAUUAAUAUUACAAUGUUACCUAAAUUGACAUCUAAGUAUUUAAAUACUAAUCAAUUGAAGAGAAUAACUCAAAAUGGAAAAGUUGUGUGUGAAAUUACAAAGGAAGUAGAAAAUAAUAAACAAUCUAGCCAUAAGUCUAAAGAAGCAGAAGAAACGACUGAUAUAAAUGUUAUUAAAAACACUCUGUUGCAUGAGUCUGAUUCAGAUCAUGAAAAAACAUUAAUCCUUGACAAUUCAGACCCAGACAAGAGUACCAAAGAUCCUGAAUCUCAAAAAGAAAAAAAUGUAGAAAGGAAACACAGAAGUAUAACACCACAAUCUACAAGUAAACUAAGUGACGAGGAGGAGGAUGACAAUGAAAUCAAAUCUAAAUUGCUUUAUGAUUCAACAGAUGAUUCAACUCCAACAAAAAAACGAAAAAGACAAAGGAAGGAUUCAUCAUCACCACCAUCUAAAAGAAAAUGUAUUAUGGAAAGUGUGUAUGCAAAAAAAAUGUUACUCACAUAUUCAUCAAGCUCUGAUACUGAAGAUGACAAUUUAAAAAAUGCAUUAAAGCAGAUAAGAGAUACUUUGCUCAAAGGAAACUCCAGUGAUGAAGAGGUUAUCAAUGAAAAGGAUGCCCAAUCGGAACAUUCUUCAGAAAGCAACAUGCAGUGUGCCCUUGAGCAGGAGAAAAUACAAGACACUUCAGGAGUUGAUUCAUCAGCGAAAGAUACAAAUAGUCAAAAUGAUGAAUGUUCUGAAGAAAAGUCUAAUACAUGUUCCGAAAAGAUGGGCCGUUCUAAAAGUAAUUCGAGUGAUAGCAGCAGCCAAAAUUCAGAUACUCAAGAAUCAAUUGAAAAAGACAUUGAUGGACUUACGAAUUUAAAAUCGCUAAACAAGAAGCACCGGCGGCGGCGCUCACCUUCUACCGACCGCAGUGAGAGUUCCAACUCGAAUACGAAGAAAAAAAUGCCUAAAGUACCGCGUUUCAGCGAAGAGGGUUUCCUAAAGGCAGAGACUAGUUCGGACGCGGCUUCUUUAGCGGAUAGCGAUGUUGGCGAAGAGGUAGAAAUAGCAGCGGUACCGCUCUCUAGUCUGAACGGCGACGGUUUCGACCACCUCGCUAAGGAUGACUUAUUAGAAGACAGCGACUCAUCCAGCUCACAACAUAAGAGCUCCCAGGAGGUUAAAAAAGAAAAUGAAUCUGAGGAUGGGAAUAUGAAAUUAAAACGCCGUAAAGCGAACGCGAUAUCAUCGGACUCGGAGGCGGGCGGUUCGCGCAAGAAGGACCGCGAUGUGCGCCUCAGUGACUUCGAUGACUCAGACGACGACGCCUUCGAGACCACGAAGAAGUCCAAGCGGAAGAAGAAGGGCUCCGACAGCGACGCUUCAGGCGGCUCCUCCGUCGACGGCAGUAAAAAGAAACGACGGCGGAUAAAAAAUAUAGACGAAAGCGAAGGGUCUGGGUCGGAAACUGAAAAUGAGGGCAGAAAUAAGCAUGGCAGGAAGAAUAUCCGAAAGGUUAUGAGCAAAAACCAACUGGAAGAGGCAACUAAAAAGGCGGCUCGCGAAGAAAAAGAAAGGAUUGCUCGAAUAGCCGAAAGACAAAAAUUGUACAAUAAUUUGGAAUUCGACGAAUCUGGCAAACCAGAUGAAGUGGUACUAGAUAAGGUAGUACUUGACUUUGAUCCAGAGACCAAGGAACCUUUGAUAGAAGUGGACAAAGGGCUGGUUAAGAAAUUGAAACCACAUCAGGCGAAUGGUAUAAAGUUUAUGUGGAACGCAUGCUUUGAGAGUGUUAAGCGAAUCAAGAAAGACAAGGGAUCUGGCUGUAUAUUGGCGCACUGCAUGGGUCUCGGCAAAACGUUACAGGUGGUAUCGCUAACACACACCCUGCUGACGCACAACUCGCUGACCGGCGUCAAUCGAGUGUUGGUGGUGUGUCCGCUGUCCACUGUACUUAAUUGGGUUAACGAGUUCCGCAUCUGGCUCAAGCAUGCCGUCACAGACUAUGAAGUCGAUGUCUAUGAGCUCUCUAGGUACAAGCAGAACUCGGAGCGCGCGUGGCAGCUGCAGCAGUGGGUGGGCGGCGGGGGCGUGUGCGUGCUGGGCUACGAGAUGUUCCGCAACCUGUCCGCCGACAACGUCAAGAAGUUCAAGAAGAAGAUGCUGCGCAGCUUCCAGGAGGCCCUCGUCGACCCCGGACCGGACCUGGUGGUGUGCGACGAGGGCCACUUGCUGAAGAACGAGAAGACGAGCCUGUCGCAAGCCAUGAACCGCGUGAAGACGCUCCGACGCAUCGUGCUCACGGGCACGCCGCUGCAGAACAACCUCAAGGAGUAUUACUGCAUGGUGCAAUUCGUCAAGCCGAACCUACUCGGAAAGUACAAUGAGUACUUGAACAGGUUCGUGAACCCCAUCACAAACGGCCAAUACACCGACUCGACGGAGCACGAUAUCAGGAUUAUGAAGAGACGGUCCCAUGUGUUGCAUAAAAUGCUCGAUGGUGCUGUGCAGAGGAGAGACUACGGGGUGCUGGCGCCCUUUCUGCCUCCGAAGCACGAGUACGUUCUCUUCAUCACCCUCACUGAAGUGCAGAUUAAAUUAUAUCAACACUAUCUAGAUAAUUAUUCAAGAAGGCCAUUACCAGGAAAAUCAUCAGGGUUCCUGUUUCCAGACUUUCAAUCUCUACAGAGGAUAUGGACACAUCCACUUGUGCUUAAAUAUAAUUCUGAAAGAUAUGAAAUUAUGCAGCAAAAAAAAAGAGAAAGAGAAGAAGAAGAUUCUGAGGGAUCUUUGGCAGAUUUUAUAGAUGACGAAUCUACGCCUGAUGAAUCUUCGUCAGAAGAAUCUUCAGACAGCUUAUCAGAUAUGAGCGACGACAGUAGGAAAAAGAAUAAAAAGAAGAAAUCAGCAAAAAAGAGUAAAGGGAAAGACAGUAAAAUAACAACGCGGCGAGGCACGAGAGCGAACCCAGUGGAGCUGGACGACGACGAGGCGGCGGCGGUGGAGUCUCCGCCGGCGCGCGCCGAGAACCCCACCGAGUGGUGGAUGGCGCUCGUCAGCGACGACGAGCUCGACGACCUGCGCCACUCGCACAAGCUCGUGCUGCUGUUCGACAUCCUGCGCCAGUGCGAGGCCAUCGGCGACAAGCUACUGGUGUUCUCACAAUCAUUGUAUUCAUUAGAUCUAAUAGAACAUUUCUUGGGGAAGGUAGAUGAAGCUACACAAGAAGCUCGCGUUGACGAGAAAUUAAACGGACAUGUUGGAUCUUGGUCACCCGGCGUAGAUUACUUCAGAUUGGAUGGUUCGACGUCAUGUGAAAAUCGGUCGAUUUGGUGUAAAAAUUUCAACAGGGAAGAUAAUCCUAGAGCCAGACUGUUCCUAAUAUCAACUCGAGCGGGAGGUCUCGGCAUCAAUCUCGUGGCGGCGAAUCGUGUUGUCAUAUUCGAUGUGUCGUGGAAUCCUUCACACGACGUGCAAAGUAUAUUCAGAGUGUAUCGUUUCGGACAGAAGAAACCGUGUUAUGUUUAUCGAUUUUUGGCAAUGGGUACAAUGGAAGAAAAAAUAUAUGAGCGGCAAGUUACGAAGCAAGCAAUAUCUAAACGUGUGAUAGACGAGCAACAGAUAGAUAGGCAUUACGCUGAGAAUGACCUCGCAGAGCUGUACAAGUUUGAACCGAAGCCGCCAGUGCCUCGAGAACUACCUCCAUUGCCCAAGGAUAGAUUGUUUGCAGAGAUGUUGAAAGAACAUGAGGCUCAGAUCUACAAGUAUCACGAGCACGAUUCGCUGCUGGAGAAUAAGGAGGAAGAGACUCUGACAGAGGAGGAGCGCAAGGCGGCGUGGGAGGACUUCGAGAACGAGAAGACUCGCCCGCCGCCCGCGCCCUUCUCUGCCUACGCCAUGCACAACGGCAUGGUGCCCGGUCUGCUUGCGCAACAACAACAGCAGCUGGCUUACGCAGCUCUGGCAGCCAUGCUGCGUAAGGACAUGCCUAACAUUAAUGAUAACCAGAUUCGAGAUAUGCUGCCGCUGAUCUACAACGCCAACCCUGGGAUGUUCGGUGGAUAUGACUAUGGCUUGAUGCAAAAAAUGAGUGAAAUUUACAAGUACACUCAACCCGGGAUGAUGAAUCCUGGAAUGAUGAACGCCGUUAUGAAUCCAGCGGGCGGUGUAAGUGGGGGCAUGUCACUGGGCGGUAGCAGCGGGCUGCAGUACGAGCCGCCGUGGCAACGCCAGCAACAGCAACUCCGCAUGCAGCAGAUGUUACAACACCAAAAUAUGGGUGCGAAGUAUUACGCCGGCGGACUCGGUAGUCGCGACCCGGUGGCUAUGGCCCUGCAGCAGCAGCGCGCCCGCGAGAUAAUGCUCGGGGAGCGCUCCCGUCCGCGCGGCCGCCCGCCCGGCAGCACGCGCGUCGAACCGCCCGCGGCGCCCGUCGCGCCCGCCGACGUCGUCAACCUCGACUCGGACUAGACUGGAUUCCCGGUGUAUAAUUAAACAAGUGUGUACAGUGAAUGUUAAGGUGCUAUGUUUUUGAGCGAGGUAAGCUGAACAUAAAUGUAGUGUAAAAUGGUUGGACCAGCUCUAUAAUCAUCGGCACACGAGAAAUAUUUAAUAAUCUUUGAUGAGUGAUUUAAACUCGACAUAAAUUUAUGUAAUUAAUACCUUCAGGCUUACGUGUCAUUUUAAAUUUAUAACAUUACCGGGAAAUUAAAAUGGGUACUAAUAGUUUCUUUCGUGAGGUGAUUGCAUUUACAUAUCAAAAGAAUCUCCUAAACAGUACAGCCUAAGGUGAGACCUAGUUUUAUCGCACAAGGGUCAAAUUUUAAUCUUAGUAUGAGUAUUAUAAUAUGCAAGUGCUCAGAGUGACAUUUUAUGAGUAUUCAGUGCUAAUAGUUAGGCAGAUCUGCAUAAUGAGAGUAAUAGAUAAAAAUCUACUAUAGACAAAACUUGCUGUAAACAACAAUGUAUUUCAUAUAAAACUAUUUUCAAAUAAUAGAUGUAAAUAUUGUAUAAGAUAUAUUCAUACACUUGAUUUUUACUCAAAAAUUGUUUAUGUAAAGCAAAAAUUAUGCUCAUGAUUUAUGUGUGUGUUCUUAACAUAAUUCAGAAAAUGUUAAGCAUUGUCUCAUUGGUGUUUUGGUGGAAUGUUUUCAUCAAAGAUCAAUGGGAGGCUUUAGUGUGUCUGCUUGACAAUUUUAACUAUAUCUCUCAGUACAGGAAAUUAGAAGUAAGCUAUGAUAAUAUAUCAGUAAUUAGUUACUUCUGUGUUUACCAUCUUCAUGUUACAGAGAUACUAUUAUAUAAGUAUAAUGUGUAAUGAACAUAGUAGAACACUCUAGAACUGAGUCUUUGAAGACAUGUAUGUAACUUAUUAUAAUAAAAAUCCUGUCCGUAUAUAUUAUACUAAAAUGUAUCUAUUAUUAAUUUUCAGUACUACUAUAAAUGAUUAAUUUGCUCUCUCUCUCUAUAUAUAUAAAUUUAUUAACUGAACAUUUCUGUAUAUUUGAUUACAUUUUUGUAUUUUUUAUAACAAAAUUUGAUCUUAUUGUAAUAUUUAUAUAAUCAAAAUUAUAUUAAUAUAUCAUUCCAAAUUGUAUGUUUAGUAUAUUGGUGUUAUUAGCCAAUUCUUUAAAGUAUCCGUUCUCCAAUAUAUCAUGAUUGUAGUACUUUACCAUGAGUUAGUUUUCUGAUAUCCUAAGCAAGUACUUUAUUUAUUAGCCUGACUAACAGGUGUUUUAGUUGUGAUAUUGCCUAAUCUUAAAUUUUUGUAUACGUUUAUUUUGUCACCAUUGUGACUUUAAUAUUAGAAUCAGCAAUUAUUAUAGUUAUAUAUUUUAGAUUAAUAAUAUACCCAGUGUAAUGGAUAAAAAACUAAGGUUACUUUUUUUUAUUAAGAUUAUGUUUAAAACAAGACAUUUUGAAUGUUGAUUUUUUACUUAUUUCUUAGAUUUUAUGCUUACUAUAUGUUAUUUAGUUUAACAAAAAGUAUAAUAAAUGAACAGUAUUUCAAUAGAAUAUAAGAUAAUUUUCUAUCCAAUGUAUUUAACUAUUUUUUGUUUAUUAUAUUAUUAAUAGAAAGUGUUGCUACAUGGACACUUGAGAUUUGGACAUAUAUGUGAGGACUGCUAUAUGGGAAUGUAACAGUUUUCUUAUUUAUGUAUUAUAUAAUUGUAACUGUAGAAAACUUCCUAUUAUUUUGUAGUACAAUUGAAGUAUAAAUAAAUAAUUUGAAAAUGUGUAA